GGCAGUUCGGUUGCGUGCGCGUGUUGCGUCGGGUGCGCGUGUGGCGACGACGGCGCGUGCUUGUGUUGUGGAUGUGUGUGUGCGCGCGUGGCGACCCCCAAGAAAGCAAAACAAAACAAAAGGAACAACAAAGCAAGAGGCACAAAAAUCACAGAGAGUUCGACGACAGCUACGAGAUUAGAAAAAAAGAAGAGCCUGCGCGGUGCCUGUGUUUGGGACUUGGGGAAAAAAACAUAAAGUAAAAAGAAAAAAAAAAAAAAAAAAAAGCAAGAAUCAAGACCAAGCCAUCAUCUUAUUCGGAGGCCUGACAAGGUGUACAGCAUUUUAAGCUGUCUGUCGUCUGCUCUGUCGUACCGUCCCGAUGUGAAGAGGACGGUCCACGCGGCUCAGAGUACGGAUGGGACGGUACGCAAGACGUUUCCUUCGCGUGUUUCCAGCUUCGUUAAUCACCUUCCGUAGAUAACUUUUUCCUAUUUUUUAUUUUAUUUUUAAUUGAUUGUUUCGGGUACUCCGCCGGCCAGAUUUCUCCUUCGGAACUUUUUUUUCUGGGGAGAGGAGGCGUGAGAUCGGGCAGCAAAAGCCCGCAGUCAUGGGAGAUAAGAGCGGAGGUGGUAGUAGCCCGGCAAUCGAAGACACCGAUCGGUGGUGCGCGGGUCAUCGUCUGUUGUGCGGUGGCGGUGACGAUCAGAUGCGGAAGGACGUCGUCGGUGUGCGUGGUUCCGCGUCGAACGGCGACUUCUUGGAUCGUCGACGACGGGUCGGCGGUGGUGGCAGCGCCGCGCUGUUGCUGGUGGUGUUCGUGAUCGGAUGCUUUGUCGCCGACAGCCGCGCGCACGCGAAACAUUUUACGGCCGACGAACUGCAGAGGACCAAAUUUCCCAGCAGGGUUUCCGACGAUCUUGACCUCGAUCCCUGCAAGUCAGAUCUUGUGAUGGGGGACAUCGCAAUGUCCCGGGAGACGUACCGACGGCGGAGCCGGCAAGGCAAGACGGGGACCGGCUUUACUCUCACGGACAGGGGCCCCAGGUUCCACAGACAACGGCGGCGUCACCGGCAUCGGGAGCGCGCGGGCAAGAACCAUCGGCGAACCCGGGCCGCCACUGCGAGGCCGGAGAGGCUCUGGGACCACGCCGUCAUCCCCUACGAGAUCGAGGCCAACUUUAGCGGAGACCACCGGGCGCUGUUCAAACAAGCGAUGCGUCACUGGGAGAACCACACGUGUAUCAAGUUCGUGGAGCGCGGAUUCGAGCACCAGCACUACAUCGUCUUCACGGAGAGGCCCUGCGGGUGCUGCUCGUUCGUGGGCAAGCGUGGCAACGGCGCGCAGGCCAUCUCGAUCGGGAAGAACUGCGACAAGUUUGGCAUCGUGGUACACGAGCUGGGACACGUGGUGGGCUUCUGGCACGAGCACACGCGGCCCGACAGGGACGCCCACGUGGACAUCGUCACCAAGAACAUCAUGUCUGGGCAGGAGUACAACUUCAACAAGCUCACUGACGAAGAGGUCAACUCUCUAGGCCUGGCGUAUGACUUCGAGUCUAUUAUGCACUACGCCCGCAACACCUUCUCCAAGAACACGCACCUGGACACCAUCCUGCCGCAGGAGGACAACACGUCCAAGCGGAGGCCCGAGAUCGGCCAGCGGGUGCGCCUGUCCCAGGGGGACAUCUCGCAGACCAACAAGCUCUACAAAUGCCCAAGUUGCGGCCGAACCCUGCUGGAGCCCAACGGCCUGGUGUCGUCCCCGGAGCUGGUGAACAGUGUGACGCCUCCCGCCGAGGGCGAGCACUGCGAGUGGCGCAUCACGGCCACGCACGGGGAGCGCAUCGUACUCAACGUCACUGAGCUGGACAUCUACGAGUCGGACAACUGCGAGACCGACUACAUCGAGGUCCGGGACGGCUACUGGCACAAGUCCCCCCUCCUCGGUCGCUAUUGCGGGACCGGUCGCAUUCCCGAGAUGCUUCUGAGCACGGGCUACCGUCUGCUCAUCGUCUACCGGACCUCGAGCAACCAGAACGGCCACAUCGGGUUCAGAGCCUACUACGAAGCGGUUUGCGGUGGCGACGUGGAUCAAGAAGAAGGCGUGCUCCAGAGCCCCAACUAUCCGGACGACUACCGGCCGAACAAGGAGUGCGUCUGGAAGAUAACCGUGCCCGUGAAUUACCAGGUGGCCCUCAAGUUCCAGUCCUUCGAGGUAGAGAACCACGACAACUGCGUGUACGACUACUUGGAGGUUCGGGAUGGGCACGAUGCGGGCAGCCCGCUCCUGGGCAAGUUCUGCGGCUACCGGACGCCCGACGACCAGCGCUCGUCGUCCAACAAGAUGCUCGUCAAGUUCGUCUCCGACAGCUCGGUCAACAAGCCGGGCUUCUCGGCCACCUUCAUGAAGGAGUACGACGAGUGUCAGAAACCCGACCACGGCUGCGAUCACGAGUGCGUGAACACGCUGGGAGGUUACAGGUGCGAGUGCAACAUCGGCUACGAGCUCCACUCGGACGGCAAGAAGUGCGAAGACGCGUGCGGCGGCGUGAUCGAGGCGUCGAACGGCACCAUCACGAGUCCCUCCUUUCCGGACCUGUACCCGUCGAACAAGAACUGCAUCUGGGAGAUCGUGGCGUCGCCGCAGUACCGCAUCACCCUCAACUUCACCCACUUCGACCUCGAAGGAAACAACCAGGACUGCGAGUACGACAAGGUGGACAUCCACAGCAAGAUGGGCGACAACACGGUGCGGAAGCAUGGCCUCUUCUGCGGUUCCUACCUGCCGCCCAUCAUCACAUCGGAGGGGAACAGCCUGCGCAUCGAGUUCAGCUCCGACAACUCGGUCCAGAAGAGCGGCUUCGCCGCCGUCUUUCUCACAGACAAAGACGAGUGCGCGCACAGCAACGGCGGCUGCCAGCACAUCUGCAAGAACACCGUGGGCAGUUACAGCUGCGCCUGCCAGAACGGCUUCGUGCUCCACCCGAACCGCCACGACUGCAAAGAAGGCACGUGCACGCAUCAGAUCAGUGCCCCGCUGGGCGAGAUCAACAGUCCCAACUACCCGGACUCGUACCCGAGCAGGAAGGACUGCGCCUGGCUCUUCACCACCACGCCUGGUCACAGGCUCAAGCUGAUCUUCAACGACUUCGAGCUCGAGCCUCACCAGGAGUGCGCGUACGACCACAUCUCCCUGUACGACGGCGACAGCACAGACGCCCCGACGCUGGGCCGCUUCUGCGGGGCCAAGGUGCCCCACCCCAUCCUCUCCACCACUAACCGCAUGUACAUGGUGUUCAAAAGCGAUGCGUCGGUGCAGCGCAAGGGCUUCAGGGCGGCCCACUCGACGGCGUGCGGAGGGCGGCUGCUGGCGACCGGGCGCACCGUGGAGCACCUGUACUCCCACGCCAAGUACGGCGACCAGAACUACGAGAACAAGGAGGACUGCGACUGGCUCGUGGAGGCCGAGGCCGGCCGCGUGCGCCUGCGCUUCCUCACCUUCGAGCUGGAGCACGAGCAGGACUGCAGCUACGACUACGUCGAGCUCUUCGACGGCUACGACGACUCCGCCAUGCCGCUGGGAAAGUUCUGCGGGAACCAGCUUCCCGGCGAGUUCACGUCGAGUUCGGGGUCGCUGCUGCUGCGGUUCCGCUCGGAUGACAACAUCAACGCCAAGGGAUUCUCGGCGGCCUACUCGGCCGUCGACGUCGGCGAAGACUCCGCCACCGCCGCCGUGCCCUCCGUGCCCGAAGUCCGCACGGUGUCGUCGUCCCACCAACGCGAUCGAAAGCUCAGACUCCAUCGCCAUUGAACCACCCACGCUGGCGCCACCUAAAUCCUUCGGACAGAGACAGAAAAAGAGAAGAAAAGAAAAGAAAUGGGAGGACAGAAACGAGGGACCGAAGUUUUGUCUCCUGCGACGACAGAGUCCUUCCAUACAUCCUUCCUUCCUUCCUUCUGUGUGUCACCUGUCGACUUUUGGAAAGUUUUUGCAUGCCAUAUCGUGAAUUCACGAUUUCCCGAGGAAAAAAAAAAGUGAUAUAUGAACGGUAACGACGAAGCAUCGGUGAUGACUUUGCGCGCGCGUUUGUAUGAAACCGUCCGCGCGUUGUCGGAAUAUUGCUUGCUGUAAACCGCGAUGCUAUUUUUGUCUUCUCUGCGGGAUUUGUAGAAUAGGAGCCGGUAAGGUACCGCCAUCAAAACGCGCGGCUCCUCCGCUUAGCAAACGUGAAAAAGAAAAACAACAAAAAACACAAAAACGUAUGUUUACCAACAUCUAUCACGUCUGUCUAAAGGAAGUGUUCACCCAUCACUAAUAUUCGUUUUCUUACCGAAUCAUUGACAAAGAAAAAAAAAAGCUACAACAGCGCCAUACAUGUGUAGUUGUGUAAAAGUGUCGUUAGCUGAUGAGAGAAAAAGAAAAGAAGGGGGAAAAAAAGAGGUGAUGCUUUGGUGCUUUUGUUUUUGUCUCGUUAGAAAUUUGUAAGUAACGAUGUUUGUAUGCGAUAUUUCCGAAAGCAAUUAUUCGUUUCGAAACAUCGGGCGAAACCGUCGGCGUCAUUGGGGCCACGGUAACCGCAUAGUGACGUCCCAAAAUGAUGCGAGCGAAUAAUAUAAAGAGCUUGCGUACAUAUCAGCGCGGCCCUGCUCGACUGCUUCAGGCCAUUACGUUCUAUAGCAGAGCCAUGUCAUCUUUAAAUAAGUAAACUAUGUUGUUCUUUUUGUUUCAAUAUUUUUGUACAUACACGUUAACUUUGAGUAUUGAGAAGUGGUGCUAGAAACCCACGCUACAUAGUCUUGUUUGUAUCUUUGUUUCUGUUAUUUUUUAUUUUUUUUGUAAAAAGAAUAGCGUUGCCAAUGUAUGCUGUAGUGAUCCUGUUGUUAUCAAAAACUUAUUUUGCGGGGCUUGCUGCGCGCUGCACAAUCGUACCGAGCUAUUUGUACUUAGUGUCUUUUAUUUUAUUUUAUUUUUGCUUGAGUAGAGCGCUUGGGUUUGCCUUUGUCUGCGACAUGUCAUUUUGCGCCGAAAAGAGAAGUGUAAUGUUGGCGUAAACUGAACGAUUGAAAGAUAGAGAAGGCGGUGAAAGAGUAAAUGGGCAGUGAUCCUAUGCUAAUAAAGCGUCAGUGUACAAGAUCUAUUAUAUCCGUAACGCGGUCCAAGACUUAUGUAGGGUUCAUCAUUUACUGAACACAGCACACACAUAUCAACGUCCUACAUGAAACCUCCGCUGAACGAUAAAUAGGAGCUGCGCUCGCUCGAUCAAAUGGAGACAGAAGCCAAUUUGACGAAUGCUUUAAGUAUUCUCGAGUACAGGUACUCCAGAUGAGUCGACGAUGCCCUCUAGCGACGAACAUGUGAAGCCGGCAGCUCACGCCAGUCACGCAUGUUCGCACCUAUUGGAACCUGCAGCUUGGGGUGGCGCCGCCCUGGCGACGAAAGUGUCGAACAGAUGAAUGUGGACAGAAAAAUCAGGCGCAAAUCUAUCGUCCACGAAAUUAUCGCUUCUGAGAAGGUUUGUGUUGUGCCAGAGGACCUAGGGUAGGUUUACGUAUCCAUAUAUAUGUUAAAAAAAAAAAAAAGAAGGAUAUACUUCCGGUGACGUCAUAUUUGUUUGAAAGCCUGUUAACACUUCCGCUGAAAUUUUUUUGGGCUUGUGAUAGCCGUGCCAAAGGUGCCCAUGCGUCGUCGGCCAAAAAUAAACAAGGACGACCCGUCACAAGUUAUGAUGUAACCCAAGAUGGCGUAUCGUACAGCACCAAACCCGGUAAAUAUUAUACCGACAUCCUCUGUCGCGAUCCUGAUGUAUAUUUAAAGGCGAAAGCUAACGUCAGUAAUGUUUCCAGCACUGCACACACAUAGUUCCGCGAAUGGAGAAAGUAAAAUACAUAUCUAACUUUUUUUUUUCCUUAUGUUUGUUAAACGGGCGAUGGAAAACAGCGCUAAAAAUCGACACAAGAAGGGGCUAGCAAACGGCUUUCCGUCUUGUGUCGGCAUCUUUAUACGCGGGCUUUCCUGAUCGUGUGCGUCAAUCAACCAUUAGCCUAGAUGUUCGUUUCUUUUGGCAGCAAAUAUUGGAUACGACGAGUGUUAGCACUUUGUCGGGUUUUUGUUUCCGAUUUGCGUAGCUCCGCGCUCAUGAAUUGCCGCUGCACAUUCUUUGUUUUAAUGAGGAAAUUCUCGCGUUGUGUGUGCGGAAUGUAGGACUGUAAUACGUUAAUUACUUUACGAAGCUGGCGUUUUUUGGGGCAUUAUGUGUUGCUUUGUCUGCGUCUAGAAAAUCGUAUAGGAGUAUCUUUUUUUUUUCUACAUACUGAAAUAAAAAAAAAAAUUGCGCAGUUCUGAGUGAACCAUUGUUGUGUAACCUUUCUGUUUUUUGGAUGGUGCCGAAUAAUGGCGAGCAUUUAGUAACAAAAUUCGGUUCUAGGUAUCAAAAUUAUACUGUAUAAACAAUCGCGUAAUCAAUUGUACAGUAAACCAAACCGGUCAAGAGACCUUCACGGGAUUCGUGCAGUGUUGGGUAAUAUCGUCAAAAUAAAUUAAUUCAACGCAAAAAAAAAAAAGAAAUUAAAAAGAACAAAUUCACUGAUGCCGCUCGCUCGUGCGAACGAGUCAGGUUUGAUCGAAACCCAGAAAGCUGGCGCCAUCUAUCGGCACAGAACGAAAGCUUUCGAUCGGAGCUGCGAGAAAGCGCGGAAUCUCUUUGAAUGUACGAGCCCCCGCUGGGGGCGUGGUUGGUUGGGAGCACGAGUUGGGAGAGUAACCAAAUGAGAUUGAAUGAAUAAUAAAGAAAGUAAAAGUAUCAA